CUCGGAUGGUUUAUGGAGCUAAAACGCGAAAGUCAAGCUAGCUAACAGGAGGCCAAGGUUUGCUGACGUGAUAGUGCAAGCUAAAAAUAAACUUGAAGCUGAAAGUCUCCCAAUCGAUUGCUAGUGUGCUAACUGCAGAGUGUCGGUUAGAUAAACCAAAAUGAGUCUGGAUAAAGCAAAGCUAUGUGAUUCGUUACUAAAUUGGCUACAGACAUUUCAGGUGCCCUCAUGCACCAGUAAGCAGGACCUGAUGAGCGGAGUGGCUAUUGCACACGUUCUACACAGGAUAGACCCCUCCUGGUUUAAUGAGGCAUGGCUGGGCAGGAUCAAGGAGGAGAGUGAGGCCAACUGGCGCCUCAAGGUCAGCAACUUGAAGAAGAUUCUUCAGAGCAUGCUUGAGUAUUACCAUGAUGUGCUUGGCCACCAGAUAGCAGACGAGCACCUGCCAGACAUCAAUCUGAUUGGGGAGUUUGGAGAUGUGACUGAACUUGGCAAGCUGGUGCAGUUGGUGCUUGGCUGUGCUGUCAGCUGUGAGAAGAAGCAAGAGCAAAUCCAGCAGAUAAUGACUCUGGAGGAGUCUGACCAGCACGUUGUCAUGACAGCCAUACAGGAGCUCCUAGCUAAAGAGCCAACUGUUCCAGGAAGUCCUGAGACCUACGGGGACUUUGACUACCAGUCCAGGAAGUAUUAUUUUCUCAGUGAGGAGGUGGAGGCGAAGGAGGAUCUGGGCCAGCGCUGUCGUGACCUGGAGCACCAGUUGGCAGCCGUCCUGGAGGAGAAGUCGUCCCUGCAGGUGGAGACACAGUCCCUGAGGGAGAAGCUCAGCCUCAGUGACCCACAGGAUGCUUCCACCACCAUCACUGGCAAGAAGCUGCUGCUGCUGCAGAGCCAGAUGGAGCAGCUACAGGAGGAGAACUACAGACUAGAGAACAGCCGAGAUGACUUGCGUGUGCGAGGGGAGAUUCUGGAGCGUGACGUUUUGGACCUCACUCACCGUAACGAUGAACUGACCAGCCUCGCCCAGGAGGCCCAGACUCUCAAAGAUGAGAUGGACAUCCUCCGGCAUUCGUCUGACCGGGUGAGCCGGCUGGAGGCGCUGGUGGAGACGUACAAGCGUAAGCUGGAGGACCUGGGGGACCUGCGCAGACAGGUGCGUCUGCUGGAGGAGCGCAACACUGUCUACAUGCAGCGCACAUGUGAGCUGGAGGAGGAGCUACGCAGGGCCAACUCAGUCCGAACCCAGCUGGACACCUACAAGAGACAGGUCCAUGAGCUUCACACCAAGCAUUCGUCAGAGGCACUGAAGGCUGAGAAGUGGCAGUUUGAGUACAAGAACCUUCAGGAUAAGUAUGAAGCCCUGCUUAAGGAGAAAGAGCGUUUGAUCUCAGAGCGAGACACACUGCGGGAAACCAAUGAUGAGCUCAGGUGUGCACAGGUCCAGCAGAAGGGCCUCAAUCAACCAGGUGGAUUAUGUGAGGACUCUGGCACAGUGGGAAACCUGGCCUCCGAGAUGAUGCCCACAGAGUUCAAGGAGACGGUGGUGCGUCUGCAGAGUGAGAACAAGAUGCUGUGUGUCCAGGAGGAGAGCUACAGACAGAGACUGGUGGAGGUACAGGGUCAGCUGGAGGAGUCUCAACGCAGCCAGAACACCCUGGAGACACAAAACAGGUUGAACCAGCAGCAGAUCUCUGAGCUGCGGUCCCAGAUGGAGCAUCUCCAGAAGGCUCUACAGGAGCAGGGCAGCAAGGCUGAGGAUGCCAUCUCCUCCCUGCUGAAGAAGAAGCUUGAGGAGCACCUGGAGAAGCUCCAUGAGGCCCACUCAGACCUGCAGAAGAAGAGGGAGGUCAUUGAUGACCUGGAGCCCAAAGCGGACGGCAACAUGGGGAAGAAGAUCGAUGAGCUGCAGGAGAUCCUGAAGAAGAAGGAUGAGGACAUGAAGCUGAUGGAGGAACGCUACAAGCGCUAUGUGGAGAAGGCCAGGACGGUGAUCAAGACUCUGGACCCCAAGCAGCCGCCUCUGACUGUGUCUCCUGAUGUUCAGGCCCUCAAGAACCAGUUAACUGAGAGAGACCGGAAGAUCCAGCACCUGGAGCAUGACUAUGAGAAGAGCAGGUCCAGACAUGACCAGGAGGAGAAACUCAUCAUCAGUGCCUGGUACAACAUGGGUAUGGCCCUGCAUCAGAAGGUGGUGGGAGAGCGGUCGGGUCCGUCCAACCAGGCCCAGUCCUUCUUGGCCCAGCAGAGGCAGUCCACGCACGCCAGGAGAGGCCUCGCAGCCCGCCACCCGCCCAGAUAAGACAUAUCAACUCUGGGGGAGGAUGUGGAAAUGAGGCAAAACAUUGUCUAUAUCUUGGUGUUCACUUCUUCCGCACUCCUACUCUCACUGCUCUGAUGCCUUCUCCUCUUGGUGUUUUGUGAAGAUUGCUGCUGCUGCCCCCUGCUGGGCAUCUCUAUUACAGGAUUUUCUGGAGAGUCUGUGAUGCAGAGCUACUUAAUGCACCUUCAAGUGCUUUCAAAGCUGCCAGGACUUUUGAACAAAGAUGAGUCUUGGGUCUAAAUGAGAGCUGGAAUGAAGGAACAUGAAGUGGAUAGAAAGAAGCUGAGCGACUAAUCCUUUGUCAUGGAAUUCUUAGACAAUGUUUAUCAUUCAGUCCCUCCAUUUCUUUCAAGCCCUCUUUUUUUAGCUAUAAUGUGUUUGAUGUUUUCUUAAGGUUUAGAUUAGGACAUUAUGAGAAUAAAUGCUUUGGAAGGCCACAAUAAUGACAGAGAUGGAAAGGGAUGAUUUCUGCUGUCAAUAGGGUAGGGGUCUUUACCUUCCCCCUACUACUACUUUUAUAUAUUUUCAUCCUUAUUAUCCAGCCCACUAUCAGGCUAAAUAGAUAUUAUCCUCUUACUAUGACAUGGAAACACUAAUAAGAGAGACCUAUGGGUUGAGAUCAUGGUGAAUCUGUGCGAUUUGUAUUAAUUUGUGCCCAAGUCAUUUGGAGAUUCUGGCUUGUGCUGUGUCUCUGACACUUUUAAAUGUACAUGGUGAGAGAGACUGGUGAAGUGCUACAACAGGGAUGUCGUCCGGAUCCAGAUUUGUUUUUGGGGGGGUGUACUCGAUAUACUUUUUCAAUUAUUAAAACCAAGUUUGAAACUGUAGAAAUGAUAAUGGACCUACAUUCAUAUAGUUUAGUGUCCAGCUCGCUAAUAAUCAUCAAAAUGACAGUCAGGGAGCAUCACUUUUUUCCCCAUUUUGAUGGCGAGGAAAUGUUGUUGAAGACUGAAUGUGGCCCCCGGGGCAAAAUGAGUUUGGCACCCCUGAUCUAGAAGAGCUCAAUAAUACGUCUUCGAUAUGAGAGGAACACAUUUUCUCUGCACACAGUCAUGACCUCUUUAUUUCUGUGAAUGUGUUUAGGCUUUUCUUUCAAGCUGUAUCAUCUACUUGAUUUCUCUUCAUUUGUUAUGAGUUGUUUUUGUUAUAGUUUGAAGAGCAGGAAGAAUAGCUUUCUAGACAUUUUUGUUUUUUUCAAAAUGAACCUCGGCAUUUUGUAGUUGUUAGUCUGUAUAAUAAUGUACAGAAAAGCACUCCCUCCCUUUUUGAUUAUGGUUAAUUUCCUUGUGAAUUGUUAACAGAGUCAGGGACAUUUUUCUAGUCUAUCUACUUUUAAAGACUUUUGUAUCAAAUUCCUGUAUGGUGUGGUGUUCACAUGUAAUGUCAGAAGUUCUGAAAGACUAGCAGAUAUGGGUCCUCUUAUGUCAGGACCAUUUUACUGGAAGUAUUUGCAGACUAUUGAACAAGCUUUUGUUUCAAGCUGUAAUAUGGGAAUUUAUUCUUUGAAUGAUUGACUAGAUUUUCUGAUGGACUACAUUUUGUUCUUUAACUUUAAUUUAUCCCCUCUAAGGCGUUAAACAGGGUGUUUUAAGAAUUAUAAUUGGUUGCACACACCACUUUAGACUGAUGUGAAUGUAGAAAACGCUGGUGCUUGUGAGAACCAGAAUGUGGGGUUAUUGAUUCACAUUUAAUUGAUAUGUGGGGGAAAACUGGUUUCAAGAUGGCAAUGGUAUGUAGCUUUUCUCUCAUUCUCAGCAGAAGCACUCAACUAUAGAUGCUUCUGUUCACUGACACUGGAACUUACCUAGCUAAUGAACAGACAAUGUGUACUCUUUAAUGUCAGAAUUAUUUACAACUGAAUUUAUGUACAUUUGUACCUAUCAUUUUCUCAAGAUUAACCUGUGAAGGACAGCACUAUUGUUGAACACUACAUCUAUCUGAUUACUUUGACAGUAUCCACUUAAACAUGGAACUUCUCUUUGGUACUCAAACUGCUCUCUAUGACUUGUACCUAACCCUCUAAGUGUGUAACUAUCUGUGCAAUGUUAUUUACCAGGCUAUGAAACCACAAGUGUGUACAUUUAACUUCACUUAGUGUUUUACUCUUUAAGUAGAUGUGUUUAUUUGGUAUUAAAUCAGGAAAUCAGACUUUUAAUUUCAAAGUAGUAAAUCAACAUUCCAACUGAACUCCUAUGUUCUAGCAAUUCAACCUGUCCUUGUCGUGACUGGAAAUCCCUAUUCAAAUCUGUCAAUGUACUGUCCAAUUGCAGUAUAACUUGACACUGUCCAUUAGCAAUAUAUUACAAUUGGCAUUUACCAUCACAAAUUGGACAUGCAGUUAAAGGGCUUAAACUCUACUGAACACAAAUAAAGGCAACAUGUAAAGUGUUGGUUUCAUGAGCUGAAAUAAAAUAUCCCUUAAAUGUUC